AAUAACCCUUCGCCAUCCCCAUACUCCCCAAGAGAAGACACCACCUCUUCAACAACAGGAGGCCACCAUUUCCAUAUCUCUCUCACACUCUCUCACACAUUUACUGUUGUACGCAUCCUUUUCUUCAGCUGCUUUCUUUUCUAUCUUUUCCUUUGCUAUCAAUCAUAUCAAUGGGAGCCAAAGGAGGAGGGUGAAGGUAAAGGAAGCCAAAGGAGGAGGGUAGAAGUAAAGGAAGGGUUAAAGCUAACAUUGAGAGAAGGAAGCAAAAGAAGAGAAAGCUGAGAAAGCCAAAUAUGUUGACGGAAAAGGAGGAUCUGGCACUAAGCCUCAGCCUGAGCUCCUCCACCAAUCACUUUGAUCAUUCAUCUCCUUCGCGACCACUGCCAUCGUCUUGUGUUCAGAAGCCGCGGUGGAGUCAUCUCCUCUUCGCCCCUUCGGAAGAUAGACCGACGCUUGAUGUCUGGCGAGGAGCAGGAGACGCGCAGCCUGUGUUGCGAAUGAUCGACGUGAACUGGGCGUCGUCUGCGGCUGCGGCAGCAGGGAGGGACAGCGAGGAGGAGGCAGACGCGUCCUCCCCCGACAGCGCCACCUCCAGCGUGGGCGGCAAGAGGGCCGAGCGCGACAAGAAGCAUGAGGCGGAGCGACCCUGUUCCCGCGGCGCCGCCAGCGACGAAGAGGACGGCGACCUGGUCUCCCGCAAGAAGCUCCGCCUCUCCAAGGACCAGUCCGCCAUCCUCGAGGAGAGCUUCAAGGAGAACAGCACCCUUAAUCCUAAGCAAAAGCUGGCAUUGGCGAAACAGCUCAACCUGCGGCCAAGGCAGGUGGAAGUCUGGUUCCAAAACAGAAGAGCAAGGACGAAGCUGAAGCAGACGGAGGUGGACUGCGGGUUCCUCAAGCGCUGCUGCGAGAACCUCACGGAAGAGAACCGAAGGCUUCAGAAGGAAGUCCAGGAACUGAGAGCCCUGAAGCUGUCGCCCCAUUUCUACACGCAGAUGACGCCUCCCACAACCCUCAUCAUGUGUCCUUCCUGUGAGCGUGCCUCCAAGUCCUCCACCGCCACCUCGUCGACGAACGCACCACUGCCGGAGCACCACCAGUUCCUCCCACACCACCGUCAGGUCUCUGCACCGUGGGCGCCCAUCUCGCUUCGUCCGUCCUUCCUCGAUGCCCCUCCGCAGCGAUCGUAGCCUCCGUUGCCGCAGCCCCUUUCGCCCACCCACGCCACUCCCACCUCCAUGAACAGCUCUACAUGAUGCUGAGUUUUGAGUAGUAACCUCUUUCGCUUUCAUAUGAUGGAAUACUGUUUAAACAGUAUGUACUACUGUCAACACUGAGACUUUUGCGUGAGGAAUCAGACGAUGGAUUAUAUGUAGUA